UCAGUCAUGGCAGCCUGCAGCAGUUUGUUGUCGGAAGAGGAGCUCCAGUGCUCCAUCUGUCUGGAUGUGUUUACCAAUCCAACAUCUACUCCAUGUGGCCACAACUUCUGCAUGAUCUGUAUAAAAAAAUACUGGGAUAGCAGUACUCGCUACGAGUGUCCAGUUUGUAAAACAGAUCUACCCCAGAAAUUUGAUCUUCGUGUAAAUACUUUUAUUUCUGGGUUGGCUGCUGAGUUUAAGAAAUCAGUUCAGGUGAAAUCCAGCAGCUCUGCAGUGGAACCGUCUUCCUCCCAGUCUGAAAAGGUGAUGUGUGACACCUGCACUGAGGAGAAGCUGGAGGCUGUAAAGUCCUGUCUGGAUUGUGGAGUUUCUUACUGUAACUCUCAUCUGAUGCCUCACAAAACUGCAGCUAAACUCAAGAAACACAAACUGAUCGAUCCUGUAGAGAACCUGGAGGAUUACAUCUGCCAGAAACAUCAGAAACCUCUGGAGAUGUUCUGUAGAAACGACCAGACAUGUGUGUGUCAGUUUUGCACUGAGUCCGACCACAAGUACCACAUUGUUGUUCCUGCAGAGGAGGAGAGUCAUAAAAAGAAGGCUCAACUGGGUGAGACAAUAGCAGAACUUCAACAGAUGAUUCAGGACCGACUGCAAAAGAUUAAGGAACUCGAACAGUCUGUAGAGCUGAACAAGAAAAACACAGAGAAGGAGAAAGCCGACAGUAUGAAGGUGUUCAGAUCUCUGAUGAGCUGCAUUGAGAGAAACCAGGCUGAGCUGAUUAAAGUGAUGGAAGAGAAGCAGAGAGCAGCAGAGCGACAGGCUGAAGAGUUCAUUAAAGAUCUGAAGCAAGAAAUCACUGAGCUAAAGAGGAGAAACACUGAGCUGCAGCAGAUCAACACUGAUGAUCAUAUCCACUUUCUACAGGUGUACCCAUUCCUGCAUAGCGCUUCAUCCACCAAGGACUGGAAUGAAAUCAGGCUUGAAAGUCGUGUAAGUGUUAAGACUCUGAGAGAAGCUCUGUCUAAGCUUCAAGAAUCUCUCAGUAAGGAAAUUGAGAAGCUUCCUGAGAUUGAUCUGAAGAGAAUUCAGCAAUAUGCAGUGGAUGUGACUCUGGAUCCCGAUACAGCAAAUUCUAAACUCAUCCUGUCUGAUGAUGAAAAACAAGUAACACAUGGAGACAAACGACAGAAUCUCCCUGAUAGUCAGGAGAGGUUCAUUAGCUGCCCCUGUGUACUGGGAAAGCAGGGAUUCUCUUCAGGAAGAUUUUACUAUGAGGUGCAGGUCUGUGGAAAGACAGACUGGGCUUUAGGAGUUGCCAAAGAGUCCAUUAACAGGACGGGGAAGGUGAUAUUCAGUCCGAGGUUUGGAUACUGGAUCGUAUGGCUGAGGAAUAAGACUGAAUAUGACGCUUGUAACUCACCUCCUGUUCCUCUCUCAUUGAAACAGGCUCCUCAGAAGGUGGGAGUGUUUGUGGAUUAUGAGGAGGGUUUGGUCCUCUUCUAUGAUGUAGAUGCCAGGUCUCAUAUCUACAGUUUUACUGAUCAGUCUUUCAAGGGAGGACUUUAUCCAUAUUUUUGUCCCUCUGUCAAUUAUAGAGGUACAAACUCAGCACCACUGAUCAUCACACCUGUCGACCAUGAAGAUUCGUUUCUUUCAGAAGUCAUCAUGAGUAGAUAA